CCUCGCGAAUAGUGCCGUGUUGUCGACGUGCCUGUCGCGCCGUUGAUCUUCGUCGUCGUCUUCGUCGUCGUCGUCGUCGUCGUCGUCCUCAUCCUCGUUGUCCUCGUCAUUAUCGUCGUCGCGGUUCGAUGUCGCGUGUCGUCAGCGUUUCCGUCCGGUGAGAAUUUGGCUUCGUUCGCGUAGCGCUGAUUGGCGCCGCGCGAAAAUCGAGAAGAGCGAUGGGAAUUUGUAGACGCGUGUCACGUCGCGGUGGUUGUUGCACCGUCGCUAAUCACCGAACGCGGCGCCAUAACAGGGCGCGUUCGUACGUUGCCAGAGUGUGAGAGAGCCGAGCCGAGAGCCGAUCGGAGGAUUUCGCGGCCUCCAUCGAUCGGCGGUUUGAUAGAUUACCGGGUCGCUGUAUCGAGAAGAGAGUAGUGCCGCCGAAUAAAUCCUUUAUUUACGCCGCGAUUGUGCUGUGCCAUAACUUGUGUCGUACGAAGAGGAAGAGAAAGAGAGGAGGAGGAGAAAGCGAGGCAGUAUCAUCGUGACGAGGAAGAAAGAUAAUGUGAGCGAUCUCGUGCUUCGAAAUUUUGGCGGGAUAGCAUCGAGCUGAGCAAAGUGACAGCGGGCUAGUGGACACAGAUCCAGGUCGGGUUAGCAGCAUGACAGCCAUUAACUCGGGUCCAGUCGGGGAAGUGGGCGGCGUAAGGCUGCCGCUACAGUCAUUACAUGGAUACGGAUCUGUGUUUAUGUACUCGGCGUCGACGAGUCCCGGGGGUGGAGGUGGCCAGGGUGGCGGAGGCGGGGGUGAGGUCACCCUCCGCCUCCGCGAACCUGAGGACAUUCCCGAAGAGGUUCUCGCCCGCCUCGAGGACACCGCCACUCUCUCCAUCUCUCUUCAAAGCGAUGCAGUCCUGAGGCUAGGAGCGGCUGGCACAGGAAAUGGAAAUUUAGAGUUGUUCGAUAGUGAGAGCGGGCCGGACCUCACGCUAUCACCUCAAACCUUCACGUCAACGGCGGAGGCCUUCAUCAAUGACAAUAGCGACAGUCUCGGGGUUCCCGGAGACAACGACACCGGUAGCAGCGAGGAAUCGAGAGUCGGUGGCGGUGAUCCUGGGAAGCUGGGAGUGAAGAAACCGAGACCGAAGGCCUCCUCGCCGAAUAGGCAGGGACCACAGCAGUGUCAGGUCUGCGGAAAGGUGUUUAACAACGCAUCGGCGCUCACGAAGCACAAGCUGACGCACAGCGACGAGAGGAAGUACGUGUGCACGAUGUGUGGUAAAGCGUUUAAGCGGCAGGACCACUUGAACGGACACAUGCUGACGCAUCGAAAUAAGAAGCCGUACGAGUGCAAAGCCGAAGGAUGCGGCAAGUCUUACUGCGACGCGAGGAGCCUGAGAAGACAUACGGAGAAUCAUCACGCUGGCAGCAAAGUUAAUGAGAGCGUUAGUCCCAGCAGCCCCACAACCGGGCCUCACACGCCUAACACCCCCGGAAGUAAUCCCAGCACACCGAGCACACCCGGCGCAACGUCCACGACGAAUGGACACGGACAUGCAGCUUUGAAACAGCUACUCGCCACUGAACCCGCACAAACGCAACAACAAAAGAGCGCUACAUCUCCCGGCGCUAACAAUGAUGGCCUCACAAAGCAGCUGGAGCUCAUCCAGCAAUAUAUGCAACAAACACAACAGCAACAACAACAACAACAACAGACAACCACGCAACAACAGCAACAACAACGAACUACUACUCCCUCGAUAGCGGUAGCCACACAGUUACAAAAAACACAAAAACCGUCCAUCAAAUCCACCGCGUCGCCCGGCAACAUCUCCAACAAUUCCGGAAGCGGGAACGCGACCAACAAUGCGAGAUCGAGUCCGAAGCCGAAGGUCUGGAGUCAUUCGCAGCAACAACAACAGCAAGCGCAACAGCAGCAGCAACAGCAACAACAACAACAGGUUAGCUCACCGGGAAACGGAAAUGUGGGAAAGGGUAGCCCGUCUCCCGGAAAUUCGUCAUCUCCCGGUACGGUCGCUACUUCCAAGUCCCAAACCGAGCCGAAGCCGGUGGAGUGCAAUCUGUGCCAUCGAAAAUUUAAAAAUAUACCUGCUCUUAAUGGCCAUAUGAGACUCCACGGUGGUUACUUCAAAAAGGAUGCGGAGAAUAAGAAAAGCGAGAAGAAAGAAGUCAUCGGGCCACCUUUACAGACGGCGUCGGUCAGCGUGCGAGCGCUUAUCGAAGAGAAGAUCAUACAGAAGAGAACGACAGCAGCGGACGCGAAUAGCAAUCAACAACCUCGUACGAAUGCCACCGUCUUCACCACGCAAGCCGAUGCCGUCUCCCAGAUCGCCGGCAAGACGAGCUUUGCGGUGCCGGCACCGCCACCCUUAGCGGCAGGAGAGAAAGUACGCCGACUCUCUGAUGGUGAACAUUUCCGGCAGCCUAAUGUCACCGUGAGCGGUCACGCAACUGUGCAAAAACAGUUGCAGGAAGCGCAAACUCAAGCUCAAGCUCAAGCCCUUGCCGAUCUGAUUUUGAAGGGAGCGAAGGUGGCUGUGAAAAGGACAACCUCCGAUCCGGGGCAAAGAUUACAUCUAACUUAUCAGCAGCCUGUGCAAUCAGCGACCAAUCAACAGCCGAAUAAUCAGCAGCCGCAGGCACAACCUGCGGUAACGGAAAGCUUUACGAUGACAGGUUACGCCGAGGAUGGUGGUUACUUCAGUCCGAGUCUACAAGACGAAGUGUUUCAACAAGUCACAACGGUCCCUGACAGCGUGCUUUUGCAUGCUACGCAGUUGGAUUCGAUUCAGUUUCAGACGGCCAGCUUAUUGCAAGAACAAUCUACCGAACAACUGCAGGAUAUCACGUUGGAAGAUCGAUACUCGUCGCAACACACAGUCAAUCCAGACCUACAAGCGUUGGUGAACUCACCGUUGCCCGAUUCGCUAGCCGAAUUUAGUACUUAUGCUGCGCAAUAUACGGAAAGUCCUCAUACAUUACCGACCCAGUCACCCUUGCCGUCGCCCUUGACGCGACACGACAGCCCAAGCUUCACGUAUCCCACCCCACCAGCCAGCCAGGAAGGUUUGCUUACCGGAAGCCUGCCAUUGCUGAGUCCUCAGGAGGAUCCGGAGAACGUUAGACAAGUGUCUUCACCGCUCUCAGCGGCAUUUUACACCACCACAAUGUCAUCCGCCGCGGCCGUGGAAGAGGCGUUGAACGAGGUGUUGCCGGGCGAAUCCGAGGCGGACGCGGACCUUUACGGGUCCGGCUCACCGAAUCCGCACUCGCCACUGCCAAGCCCGUUGUCGGCGACACCGGCGCCAUCGCCGCUGUCCUCGCUGCCCCCGUCCUCCGUCUCGUCACCAGGACCGGUUGCCUUCACCGGUACAAGCUUUCCCGUGUCGCCGCAUCAUGCUCUCCAAAGCCAAAUGAUGCCGAACUCAGAAGAUCCGCUGUUGUCUUCGACUCCGAAGGACUUCACCGCCUCCGGUCGCAGACGAUUCGAAUUCCAAUCAUAUAAACUCAUUACGAGCCAAAACCUCGUGGACUUUGGUCUCGGGAACGGUGGCCUGGCUGGUAUCGUCGUCGACAACAACGGCGAGUUUAAAUUGAUACAAACGGCGGGUCUGCAAAAAGCGAAUGUAUUGGUGCAGACAGGUUCGCUCAGUCCAGCGUUGACAUUCAAAAAGGAGAUUCGUCUGGCGACGCCAAAAGUCGAGCCUGUUACCGUGAAUCUCGGCUUGAACGUCCAAACGAUGAAUCAGCAACAGUGCAACUCGGGACAAUUUAAUCAGCAGCAAGUCAUUAAUCCGGCCAAGUUCCUCAUUCAAACUAAUCACACGACAAAGAACAAUGUUUUGAGACACAAAUUAGCUACUGGAAAUUUACCGAUACCUGUCGAACAAAUCAAGGAAGAAUUGCUAGACGAAGAUAUAUUUCUCAGUCCUGGAAGUUUACCCGCCGGUAGUCCUGUACGAUAUUCUCGGAAGAGGCCGCGCAUGGACGGCCAAUAUGCCAACAGUUCGCAUUCUUAUCCGUCAAGAUUGCGGAAGGCUUGCGAUCGCCAUUGGGAUAGUAGCUAUACGCCACCGCCGAUCCUGGAUCCAUCUCGUCCUGGUCCAGGAUUGUAUGCAAGAUUACAUCAGCACGAAAGAGAUUCGGACUUUAGCUCAGACGAUUCCCAAGGAAAUGAUGGUCCACCACCAAGAAUCAAUAUUGGCACGAGAUAUCAGGCCACGAUACCGCCAGUCGAGUGCAACGGGGAUAGGGGGAAGGACGGAUCAGAGACUGAUCACCUUUUAUGGGAUCCCGGCAUAAACAAUGUGCUCACGAGCACCGAGCUGGAGAUGUACUUGCAAUUUGCGUGUUGCGCCGCGGUACCGGGCGGUGGUAGAAACAAGGAGUAUGCGCUUCAUCUGUUGCAUAUGUGCAAGGGAAAUAUUCAUGAAGCGAUGGUGAAAUUAAUGCGGCCAACACCUACGCUACCAAUGGAGCACCCGUUACUCAGCUACGAAUGUCACGAAUCUGAUAGAUGGACGUCGCAUGAAAUGGACGCGUUCUAUCAAGGAUUGCUCAAGUACAACAAAGACUUCUCUGCGAUUUCACGGGACGUCGGUGCCAAGACCGCGAAACAGUGCGUGCAGUUUUAUUAUCUCUGGAAGAGGCUCUGCCCCGACGAAUACAAGAGGCUGCGUAUUCGUCACGGAAAACCAAAGAUCAAGAUCGAAAAAGAUUGCAAGGAUAGUAGGGAACUCCGUGAUGCCAUUGCAUCCGUGACGGAAAUGGACUUUGGUGAAGAAAAAUCGAUCCUUCACCGUACCCUACUACAGACAAACGAGAGAGAAAAUUCGGCGACUCUAACUACCAGCGAAGGAGAGUUGAGGUUAUUCGCAUAUGACUGCCCAGAUAGCUUUAGCGGAAGUGUAACAGUAACGAUGGCCGGAAGCACCCAAACCGCCCAAAUCGGCAAUACCGGCCACGCCACAGUCAACACCAACUCACAAACUCACACUAGUUCUGAGCAACAACUACCCGCGCCCACCCCACUUCACUACCCCUGCAAGAUUUGCGGGAAAGUUUUCAACAAAGUGAAAAGCAGAAGUGCACACAUGAAAUCCCACAGACCAAUACCCUUGCCCGAUUCAACGGGUCAGGAAUCUAAACGACCGACACAACAGUCAUCGAAAGCGCAACAGCUGCAACAACCAAUGCCAUUGCAGCAAAAUCAGCAGCAGCAGCAACAACAACAUUCAGACAAUGCUACAUCACAAAUUCAAGAUCAUCAGCAGCAACUGCCCGCGAGUAUCACCGACAACAGCGCCCAAAACACAGCACACUUAUGUCGUAAUCCAACGAGGCCCCCAUAGGACAAGAUUCAAGUAAUUAAACUUAAGUUACCUUAACGAAGGCUGUAAUGAUACUAUAGGGAAGUAGUAUGGUUGCACACAGUACUAAAGCAGGCUCUUAUUAAAUAAUCAUACAGUCGUUAUAAAUAACGCUGCAGGAAUAUCUUUUUACACGAACGUGAAGACUUUUGCUCACACAAACGGGCAGGCUGCGUGAUAAUAAACUUCUAUAGAUAAAUUGUUCCGAAAAAUCUCUCCGCGAGAAUACCUUUUCUGUAUGUGCGAAUCUGUGCAGGAGAGCGUGACUGGUAAAUUUACCCAAUCAGACGCGGAUUAAUUAGAGUUAUGCGACUCAUAUGGAAAAUAAUAUCGACCGUUCAAGAAAAAAUAUUUAUUGUUAUGGAAACUAACAAUAAGCACUAAGGAGUCGUAGAACUCGUAGGGUUUAAUGGCGCAGCGGUAAAAAGAUCUUUAACUAUGCAAUCAAAAUAUUCGAACUCUCUUCAACAAGGAGACAGGGUAUUGACCGCAAACAUUUUCCGAAGAUGAGAUCAGCCUACAUCAGCAUAAGAACAAAAAAUCAUUGAAAAAUGAUGAUUUGAAGCAAACGUACAGACUUUGCAUUUUGUUCAAGACAAAAGUAAACACAAUUGUUUAACAUGGCCUAGAAAAAUUAAAUACAACUCGACAAGUAAAUGUACGGAAACGUACACACGCCAUUAUCGUCACAAUGAGUGCUAACUCAAAAUACGAAAGAGAUUGACGUGCACCUACAAUAAGCGCCUAAUGAUUAAACGUGAUUUCAGUGUAUCUAUUUAUUAAGCACGUGAAAUGUUCCCAGAUUGUGCCACAAGACAUUAUUGUUACCUGUUGCUCUUUCACAAUUUUUUAAAAAUGUUUUUUUUUCUUUUUUUUCAAUUACAGCCGGGAUCAGUUUGCAUAAAGCCGUAUUUUUCAAAUCAUAUUUCUUAUUUUCUUUCCUAUAAAUAUACGUCUUAUAAUUUACAAGUUUUAUAGUUGCUUGAGAAGCACUACGUGACAUUAACGUUUUCAUUUGGAUAGAAAUUACGUUUACAACAUUAAUAUUAAUAUAAUCUAAAAACAUUGAUAAAAUAGUGAAAUGAAUUGCGGUUUAUCAACCGAUUCCGGAAUGUACGACUUGCAUGUUCGCUCUAGUUUUAUAUUUAGUUUAAAUAUCAUAUCUAAAAUUUGGAUGAGAAUAAGUAAGUUUUAUCAUAUAUAUAUAUAUACAAGAGAUUUGUUGAAACUCCUUAAUUUCUUCACUUCUGUUACUUUUUUAGUAAAUUAAUAGUA